GGCUAUUGCUGCAUCAGCCCCAAUCUUCCAAUUUCCGGGACUAGUGCCUUGUGGAAUUUUUAACAUGAUAGUAACUUCAGAUUUCAAUUCCACAUCACAUGAAUGUAUGAAAUCAAUCCAGAAAUCUUGGAAGACAAUUGAUUCUUUUGCAGGUUCAGAAAGUGGUCGAUUAUGGCUCAAUAAAAACUGGAAAUUAUGUAAACCUCUAAAUAAGACAGAAGAUGGUCUUGCUCUGAAAGCUUGGUUAUCAGAUGUUCUUGUAAAUUUGGCAAUGGUGAAUUAUCCAUACCCAAGCAAUUUCUUGGCUCCUUUGCCUGCAUAUCCAAUA